AUGACUUUACGUGCUUCUUCGACCAUUCAGAUGAAUAACUUCGUUGAUCUCUCACGUUUCAGAACAACUUCGCCGUCUGCUCCGUCUUCACUUUCCAUGGCCUACUACUUCUCUGCACUCCUCUCCUUCUCUUUUUUCUUCAUCAUCGCACAAUCCCAACCAGUGAUCCUUCGUCUCAAUACUUCACCUUACUUAUCACCCUCCACGAUCCUUAACUACCAAAAAAUGGUUCAGAAAUUUAAAGUGUUCAUCUACAAACCAAGCAAAGCUUUUAACUACACGACCGAAGCUGAAUCCAUCUUCUACGCCACGCUUCAAAAGAGCCGCUUCGUCACCCAGAACGCCGACGAAGCACACCUUUUCUUCGUCCCUUUCUCUCCCGAUAUUUUCCUUCGUGCCCUUUCCCGUUUCAUCGGAAAUCUAAGAGUGGACUUCCCGUACUGGAACCGUGCCCUCGGCGCCGACCACUUCUUCUUGUCCUGCGACGGUGUUGGGCACGGUUCGAACCGGGACGUCGUGGAGCUGAAGAAGAACUCGAUUCAAAUCUCAUGCUUUCCCGCAAGAAAGGACGGGUUCUUCAUACCUCACAAGGACGUGACGCUUCCUCCGGUCGUUCAUAAUUUUCACGCUCCGGCGAACACAACGGUGAGGUUUCUGGGUUAUGUUCGGCACGGAGCAGUGACGUCGUCAAGUUUGAUUGGCGAGUUGGUCAACGAUCCGCAGUUCUUGGUCGACACGGAGCCGUCGGAUGAGACUACUUUUGCUGAGAGAUCGAGUAGCAGCAAGUUUUGUCUGUUCGAGUACGGAAACGACGUGUCAUGGAUCGGCGAGGCCUUGCGUUUUGGGUGCGUGCCCGCGGUGAUUGCUGAUCGUCCCCUAAUCGACCUGCCGUUUAUUGACGUGCUGAGGUGGCAGGAUGUGGCCGUUUUCUUGAGAAGCGGGAGAGGAGCGAAGGAACUGAAGCACGUGUUGAAUGACACGUGGAGAGAUCGAGGAGACCUAAUGAAGGGAUUGGGUGUGGCAGCGAGUCAGCAUUUCGUGUGGAACCCGAAACCUGAGCCGUUGGAUUCGUUUCACACCGUGAUGUAUCAGUUAUGGCUUAGGAGGCAUGCGAUUAGAUAUACGAGAGCCGAAUGA